UUCCGUAAUCAAUUGCGAUUAUAUUUAGCAACCAGUCACGGUGUUUUUCAGCUUAGGGAAAAAAAAAAAAAAAAAACCUCACAAGUCAGAGUUCAUUUGAGGUUUGGUUCCGAUGGCUUUUCCGGUGGUGGACGCUGAGUACCUCAAGGACAUCGACAAGGCUCGUCGCCAUCUCCGCGCUCUCAUCUCCUCCAGAAACUGUGCGCCACUCAUGCUCCGAUUAGCGUGGCACGAUGCCGGAACUUACGAUGCGAAACUGAAAACCGGAGGACCAAAUGGCUCCAUCAGGAAUGAGGAAGAGUACUCUCACGGCUCCAACAGCGGCUUGAAGAAAGCUAUCGAUUUUUGCGAGGAAGUGAAGUCCAAACAUCCAAGAAUUACAUAUGCAGAUCUAUACCAGCUUGCUGGUGUCGUUGCAGUUGAGGUCACUGGAGGCCCCACAGUUGCUUUUGUGCCUGGCAGAAAGGAUUCAAAAAUUUCUCCCAAGGAAGGGCGACUACCAGAUGCUAAACAAGGUGCACCACAUCUUAGGGACAUCUUUUACCGAAUGGGCCUUUCCGAUAAGGAUAUUGUUGCUCUAUCAGGAGGCCAUACGCUGGGAAGGGCUCAUCCAGAGAGAUCUGGUUUCGAUGGUCCUUGGACUGUGGAACCCCUGAAGUUUGAUAACUCAUACUUUGUGGAACUUCUGAAGGGGAACUCAGAGGGGCUGUUGAAACUUCCAACGGACAAGGCUCUUUUGGAUGAUCCCAAGUUCCGUCCUUACGUUGAGCUGUAUGCAAAGGAUGAGGAUGCAUUUUUCAGAGACUAUGCUGAAUCACACAAGAAGCUUUCCGAGCUCGGCUUUACUCCUAGUUCCUCAAGCUCUAAAGUAAACGUAAACGAUGGCAUACUACUUGCACAAAGCGCCGUGGGGGUUGCGGUUGCUGCGGCAGUGGUGGUCCUCAGCUAUUUCUACGAAGUUCGCAAAAGAAAGAAAUAGACUUGAUUGACAUUCUUAAUCCCGUCUGGAUUAAUCCUUGAAUUGUAACGCGAGCCAAGAGCUAGAUAUCAAUAUAAGGAUUAGAAUAAUUACAAGGGUCCUUUGCUUUUGAGCCUGGCAGCUUUGAUGAGCCAGUAGAAUUUAGAAAUUACGAUUCAACAGUUUCAGGUCUUCGAAAUAAAGAUUCCAAUGUAUGGACAUAAAUUCUUAUCGAGUCUCAUUGUUUUCUUGUGGCAAAAUAUGUAUACGUUAGCUGUUAAGACAUCUGCACGGGCACACUGCACUUUCAUUAGGGACGCGAAAAUUUAGUUUUAUUGUCGAACUUUUGAUCUAUUAAUAUGAAUGUACUUGCGUAUUUGCCAACACGUUACUAUGACUUCUCU